CAAUAAUUUGAUAGUUCAGAUUUACGAUUUUAACUUAUAUUAAAUCGCAAAACGAUAUCAAAUAGCUGCCAUAGAAACGAUCAAAAAAUUGAGCUGAAAAUCAUCAUAGCUUCAAUGUUUCUAAACAUAUUCGCAUAUAAAUCGUAAUUUAAACGUUUAAAAAUAUUUUUGCAAUAGCUGCAAGGGUAUUGUGACAGCCCACCGUCACAACAACUAUUAAAACUAAGUACAACGACAUUAUUCAAACGCGCGCCCAAAGCCAACAGCAGCCGGUCACACUUAUUCAACGAAGUUAUCGAUAGCCGAUAAUCAUCGCCCAAUAACCCGAUUACCCAAAGCGGGUCACACUAACCGGCGCCUGUAUAAGCGGAGACACAGCCCCAGAUCAGUCGCUUGCGUUCCGACAAUUCUCGAGGAAACAUCAACAAGGAGGAAUAUCCGGUAAAAUGAAAACAGCUUUGCCAUCUCAAACAUCAAGAGGGGGCUCGCCGCAUAUUGUCGAUUUGUUCACUAAGAAGGAACAUUUCGAUGAAUCGUUUAAAAGCCAAACUACCGUUGAGACAAAAACAAUCAAUGAAACCGCUUAUGAAUUUCAAGACAACGACAUAUAUCCAUUAAACAUAAAGACUAACUUUAAAAACCAUGGCGAUACUGAAGAUUUAUUAAGUACUCAAACAAAAGAAAUCUUUUGCAGUGCACAAACAAAUUUUCAAACAUAUAAACGGAAAUUCGUAGACGCACUGAGCGAUCAUAACUAUACCUGUCAAGAAGUAAUAUUGUGUCAACCCAAUUCGGAUAUUAUUCGCGAAAUACUUCUUAGUGCCAUAAUACCAAGUAGAAAUAUUAUAAAAGAUAUUCCAAGCGAUAUAUAUAGUUUUAUUGAGAAUACAAUCAAAAAUUUAAAAAUGUAUAAGUAUCAGUAUGAUGCAAAACAAGAAAAAAGAUUUAACCCAAGUAAAGCUUUAUCCAUAAAUAUUGUCAACCAAACACGCAAAACUAAAAGCAUUUAUCAAAACUGUUCAGAAACAUUAGAAAUUGAUCCAAAUGACCAGUGUCUUACAAACAUAUAUACAAACUUGGGAAAUCAAAAAGUCUUAAAUGGUCUUUUAGCAAGCACUAUGAGUUUUGCAAGGCAAUUAUUUUUUGAGUGCAACACCUUUGCAUCAAAAUCUGAAAAUGAACUUAGAGAAUUUAUAUCUAAAAAAUUAAAAAAGUUAGAGGAAAUACUUGGACGUCUACCACCAACUACAGAUGUGAAUUCAGAAAAUGUAUUAAAAAAUCGGUAUCAACAUAAUUUUAAAGCUAAAAUGAAACUUAUGUUAAAUACAUCUGGAUCAUCUCAAACCGACUCGGAAUUUGAAAGAAGCUUUGACGAAAUAUGUAGUGAAUCAUCUAAUAAAAGUAGUAAAAUGUUUUGUUUAAAGCAGCUUAUAUGUGAUUCCAGGGAAAAUGAAAGCCACCAUCAAAAUUUUUCCGAUGGUAUUGAUCUUUCCAAAUACAUAAAGUUGGAAAUUAUGAUUAAACCAAUUGUUGGUGUUUUUAAUGAACUUAAUACAAAAAUAAAUAGUUCUAUAUCAAACAACGAAACCGACCAGGAAAUUAAAAGAUUAAUAAAUUUAACGGCAUUAAACAAACGCCACGGUAACAGAACUUCCGUACGGUCAAAAUAUAAGGGUCGACUGAAGGCAAUGGAGAGAAGUAUGACCCAAUUCGUUCCGGAUAAAGAAGAGUUGGAUGAAUAUCUAAGUGAGCAAUUUAAUGAUAACGAAAAAAAUAUUAUAACAGAGGACAAAUUUUUAUCUCGCUAUAAUGAUCAAAUUAAGCAACUACUUUUAAAUGAUUCGAGCAGCGACUCUGGACUGUCAAAUCUAAGUAACUACGACAAUUUAAAAGAAUCACCUUUACAAGACGACGGGAACUCGUCCGGUACAGUAGAUAAGUUUCUGCAAGUACUUAAAACUAAUACCAUUUUUCAAACUUCUCUUCAAAAAGUUGAAAAAUCUAAAACGAAAUAUAUUUCUGCAUCAGAAACGCUUGACUACAAUAUGCCAUCAGUUAGUCUAAACAUAAGUUCUCUUAAAAUCCCAUCUCUUGAUAACGAUUUAGAUUUGCGACGCAAAAAAAAUGAAAUUAUACUUAGUUCUGAAAGCGAUUCUUUAGAUAACGAAGAUGGGUCAGAGCAAAAGAUAAGAUUUAUAAAACCAAUGCUUCGAAUCGAUCAACUAGCAAUUGAAACCAGAUCAGCACAAAAAAAUGAAACUGAAAGAAUUCGAAGGCUCGAUAAAAAAAAUGUUGUACUUUCGAAAGCUAUUAAAAGCAACUAUACAUAUUUAGGAAAUUCUGAUCUGAUACUUGAUUAUAUCGAAAGCACAAAAACAUUUAUAAAGGUGAAUGAGGAUCUUGUCAAGCUUUUAAAGCCUCACCAGAGAGAUGGCGUAAGAUUUAUGUACGAUUCUUGCUACGGCGGUAUAGAAGUCGGAAAAAUAAAUGCAGGAUCUGGAUGUAUUUUGGCUCACUGCAUGGGUCUUGGCAAAACUCUACAGUUAAUUGCUUUGCUUCAUACGGCAAUAUCAUACAAAGAGUUAAAUACUUCAAAAAUUUUGGUACUAUGCCCAAAGAGCACAGUCAUGAAUUGGGCUGACGAAUUUCAACAGUGGCUAUGUGGAAUAAAAAAUGAUAAUCGUAUAAAAGUCUUCAUAUUUCCGGAUUCAUCUGAUAUUUCUGAUAAACUGCGCGUACUGGAAGAAUGGUCAUUAUCAACGCAAGGAAGUGCGGGUUGCUUGUUAGUCGGCUAUGAAGCUUUUCGUGCUCUCGUAUUUUAUCACUCAUAUAAAUAUCGAGGUCACGUAACUUCCGAGUUGGGAACCAUUCGAGACAAAGUAAACGAAUAUCUAUUGCAACCUGGUGCGGACAUAGUAGUUUGUGAUGAAGGUCAUAUUAUUAAAAACAGUCGAUCUGCCAUAAGUCUUGCGGUUGCAAAAAUAAAAACUCCAAAACGCAUUAUAUUAACUGGAACUCCGAUUCAAAACAAUCUUAAAGAAUAUUAUAGCAUGGUAAACUUUAUUAAGCCCUUAUACCUUGGAACUGAGCGGGAAUUCGCUAACUUAUACGCAAACCCAAUAAAAAAUGGUCAACAUAAAGAUUCAAGUAAAAAGGAUAUUACGGUAAUGAAGCAGCGAUCGUAUGUGCUACACAAAAAACUAUCUAAAUUUGUUCAGAGAAAAGAAGCCGAGUUACUUAAAUCAUUUUUACCAGAAAAAUUUGAAUACGUUUUAUUUAUUCCAAUGACGUCAGUACAGGAUUUUUCUCUGUGGAUGUCUGUACUGCGAAUGUUCUUAUCUCACAGCCAUAUUUUAAAAUGCCGAUGCCGAUGUCGGGAAUUAUGUUUUAUUUGUUCUCGGUUCCCUUUUAUGUUAGAAAAGGUAGCGCGGCCUGCGAUAAAUACUUACGCAAAAUCGUAGCAUUAUCUUCAAUUUUAAUUAUUAUUAAAGUCAAAUGAUACUGGUGGUAUAAAUUUGUAUUUUGACCUGUCGCACGCUUCGAAAUUCUUUCUCGCAGAGCCGACGUUGCUCGUUUCGUUGUCGUUCCUCAAUGUAUCGUUGCUAGGAUCCAAAAAUUUUAAUCGGUCUGUUUGACGUAGCAAGAGUUUUAUUUCUUUCUGUCUUGGGAAUCACAAUUAUAAUAAAUUUGUUUCAUUGUUUGGAAAAGUGACCCAAUUAUGUUAUGGCAUUAAAAAGUUUUCUGAUACAAUCUUUGCGCAAACUUGUGAUUCUGCUAGGCCCAGGAGAUUUAUUUGGAUUCAUAUUUUCCUGAUGACUUUGGAAAUUUUAGUAUUUUGAAAUGAACUUUUUUACUUUUUUGAUCUACCAAUAUACCAUUUGUGCUCUAAAAUAUAUAAUUAUUUGUGCUGAAUUUGUAUUUGAUUGUUAGAUGCGUUUCUAAGAUUAACAUAAUGUCAACCUCAAACUGAUACAGAAACUGCGACAGCUCUAGCUUGUGCUGGGAAAUUCCGGUAGAGUUCCAGAAGCAAAUUCUAAGAUAGGAUAUUAUAUUUUAAUAAGUAUUUCUUUGCGAGACGUGUUUAUAUAAAUUUGUCUUACAACUAUCUAUAUAUUGUCCAGCAUCUGUUUGAAAGUCAAGUUGGAAAUUAAUUGUAUUUAGAAGGUCCAUUUCAACUAUAUUAUCACAGGGAAUUGGAAUGUCAUCACUAACUAUUUGAAAGGUAAAAGGAAUUAUGAAUUUAGCUGUUUGUAUUUCCAUAAAUGUUGAACCUUUUGAUAGUUUUUUAUAUAUAAGUUAACACCCAAAAUAAUACAAUUUCUCAGACAGAGGAAAUGAGUAAGCAUUGAUUGCACAACAAACAGCAAAGCAAUGCCCUCAAUAAUAGAAUUUCCCAAACCGAAGAAGAGAGCAUUAAUUGCACAACUAACAGCAAAGCAAUGCUCUCAAUAAAGUUCUAACGAACUUAGCUUGCACCUUUUGGUCAGCGAUCGUGGGAAUGCAGAACAGCCAAUUUCCAAAGUUGAUCGAACUCAACUUAGUGCAUACAACAAAAACUAUAAUUAAAAUGCACUGGCCAAUUACAAUUAAGUUUGGCCAACGGCAACGGCGACCAAGAGCAGCAACCAAUAAUAUGAAAGAACGUCAGCAGAAACAUCAACAGCGGCAGAGACGGCGGCAGCGAUGGAGCGACGCGUAGCUAUA